GAAACUUCAACUCCCAGGGUUCUGUGCGCGCGCUUAGGGGCGGGGCUCUUGGCGGCGACUCACGCGAGGAGGAGAUGGCCGGGCCGGCGGGGUCUCCACGCCGCUCGCUUUAUAAACUGGUGGGCUCGCCGCCGUGGAAAGAGGCUUUCAGAAAAGGCUGCCUGGAGAGAAUGAGAAACAGCCGAGACAGGGUUCUGACCAGGUUCCGCCAGGCCGGCGGCGGCGAGCCGGGCCGAGCCCAGAAUGCCCUGCUGGUGCAGGAGGUGAUGGAAGAAGAGUGGAGCGCUCUGCAGGCAGGGGAGUGCUCCCCCGAGGCCUCGCCGCAGUUGGGGUUGCCGAUGGACCUGGCUGUGCUGGAGGAAAUCCAACAGGAGCUGAUCGACGAAGAACUGUCCAUCAUCAGCGAGUACGAGAAGAGCUUGCAGUUCGAUGAGAAGUGUCUCAGCGUCAUGCUGGCUGAGUGGGAGGCAAACCCCCUCAUCUGCCCUGUGUGUACAAAGUAA